AUGUCGAAAUUACCAAAAUAUGUCCCUGGUGUCAAUGACCCGAUUUUGCCUCCACAAUUAUCUGAAUUUAAAGAUAAGACUACCGAUGAAGUUCUUGAAGAAUUGAAUAGAAUGCCAUUCUUUAUGACCAAAUUGGAUGAUUCAGAUGGCAAUGGUGGUUCAAAUGUCACAUUAGAUGCUUUAAAAGCUUUAGCAUACGAAGGUGAACCUCAUGAAAUUGCUGAAAAUUUCAAAAAACAAGGCAAUGAAGCUUAUAAAUUGAAACAGUAUAGAAAUGCAAGAGUUUUAUAUGAAAGAGGUAUUGAAGUUAACUGCAACAAUGACAAGAUUAAUGAACUGCUUUUUGUAAAUAAAGCUGCAUGUGAAUUAGAAAUGAAAAAUUAUAGAAGUUGUAUUAAUGACUGUAAGAAAGCGUUAUCAUUCAAUCCAUUGAAUGUUAAAUGUUAUUUCCGUAUGGCCAAAGCAUUUUCAGCAAUUGAAAAAUAUGAUGAAUCAAGAGAAUCUAUUGAAUUUGGUUUGAAAGUAGAUUCUAGAAAUAGUUCUCUAUUAAAUUUACUGAAGACAAUCAUUAAAAAACAAGAAGAAAAGACUGCAUAUAGGCUGAAGUUAGAAAGAGAAAAGCAAGAAAAAGAAGGUAAAAUGAUUAUCCUUGAGAAUGCUAUUAAAUUAAGAAACAUUAAAAUAAUUAAUACCGAUUCAGCUCCAGAUUUACUAAAAGAAGCAAAGUUUUCUUUAGAAGAUCCAAUGGAUUUUGAAUCUCAAUUGAUAUUUCCAGCAAUUGCGAUGUUCCCGACAACAGAUGAAUUUGAUUUUAUUGCAUCUGUUAGUGAAUUGACUACUGUCGGUGAAUUACUAGAUUUACUAAUGGAUAGACCAUCAGAAUGGUUUGCAAUGGAGAAACACAGAAAUUUCAGUAGCAAGAAAUUAGUUGCCUAUAUGGAAACAUUGGCUGGUGGUUUAGUUAAAGUUGGUAAAAAAUUAUCUUUUCAUGAAAUAUUUAAAAUGGAUACUCCUAAAAUUCCAAUGUUUGACGAUGCUGCAAAAAUAUAUUUAGUUCCAAAAGUGGACAGUGAUGAUUGGUUAGUUAAAUGGGAUAAAAGUUCAGCAAUUGAGAAGAGAAUCUAA